AUGGUGAUAUAUCUGUCAUUUGUGUCCUACAGAAGAACUCGCUUAGAGUACACAUGGAUAUUAGGCUUUAAUACAUUGAUCGACUUUGGAUAUACUAUCACAUUAGGAAUUUUUAUGCCUGUAAGUUGAAAAAAGAAAAACAAUAGCCUUGUCCUAACCCUAUUUCUAGCCCAGAGUCUUAGCUCAAAGCCUAACUCAAAACUUUAAUCCAGAGCUCUAUCCCAGAGCCCUAGCCCAGAGCUUUAGCCCAGAGUUCUAACUUAUAAACUUAGUCCAAAGUUUUAGCCCAAAGCCCCAGCCCAGAACCCCAGCCCAGAGCCCAAGCUUAGAGCCCUAGCUCAGAACCCUAGGUCAUCGUCUUAGCCCAGAGCAAUAGCUGAGCACCCUAACCUAGUGCUCUAGCCCAAAGCCCGAGCUCGGAGCUCUAGCCCUAGACCUAGUUCAAAUCGCAAGAUCUAGUUUUAGUUCAAGCCCUUAUUCAAGCUCUAACCCUAGUUCAAUUCCUAGUCGUAGUUUAUGCCCUAGUUCAAGCUUUGAGCUUUAUUUCAGAUCACUAGCCUGAGGCGUCAUUCCAACCCAAACUCAAGGCUUAGCUUUAGUUUAAUCUUUAGUUCAAGCCCUACCUUACCUAAAGCCCUAGUCUUAGUUUAAGCUCUAAUUCAAGCUCUAGCCUUAGCUCAAUCUCUAGCUCUAGCAUUAGCCUUUACAUUUCUCUAUACUUUCAGACCUGUGUCCUGACUCCAACCCAUCUCUACCUAACCAUGGAAAACGAAAACCUCCAAAUGAUGACUCCAUUUGCGGCCGAAGUUUGUAUAAUGUUAACAGUAUUCUUCCUACUGUAUAUUCCAGCUACCAACGCAGUGCAUUUUUGGUAUCGUUACAACGUGCUGUGUAAUGACAUAACUUGGUCACGGUUUAAAUACCUGGGUAUUUGUUUGGUAUUUGCUUUGUACAAGGUGGUACACAUGUUGGUAUUCUAUUCUUGUAGUAUCAGAGAGUCCAAAGAGACGGUUGUGGAUAUAAUGAACUAUACAAUGACUACCGGGAAUGUGAAGAGACAUAUGGGAUAUCUUGAGGUAGGUUGGAGUUGGGCGCGUAGAGUUUUUUUGCUUUUGCAGGCGGAGAAAGGCAUGUUAUACGACGAAAAGUGUUUUAGGUUAAAAAAGGUUUUGCGGUUUGCGGGAGACAUGUUAUACGAUGAAAAGAUUAUUAUGGGCAAAAAUUGGCAUCUGCAAUCAAAAUAAGAUUUUAUUUUGAAGUUACAGUAACCUACCGUAACCAUACAAGUUUUUAAAACGAGUUUGAGUUUAUAGUUUACAGUAAUUUACCGUAAUCUCACAGACAUUUAACACGAGUUUUAAUUUUGAAGUAACAGUAACAUACAGUAACUCGACAAUUUCUUAGAAUGAAUUUUACUUUGUUGUAUGUCAAGCAAACUGUCAGCUGAUGCAACUUAUCGAGUACGGUAUGAUGUGUUACUUUGGCCAUAAAAUCAUCAUGUAUAUGAAGAAGAACACAACCCCAAGCACAUACAAAGCUCAGGUGUAUGUGGUCAAAGUUAUGGUACUGCAAGCCGUGUACCCCCUGAUACUGUACUUUAUACCGCUAUUCGCCCUUAUCUUCUCUAUCUUCACUGGCAAGUCUUUUGCUACUUUUGGAUACGUCUGCUCUAUAUCUGUACAACUUUUUACAUUACUGAGCACGUUGUCUGUACUGUUGUUUAUACCAACAUAUCGAAGAGCUUUGACCGAGAAGAGGAACGAUAUUCAUGACCGUAGAGGAAGUGUGCGAACGCAUAGUAAUAUCACUGUUGGUGGACGGUCUUUUGUUGAUAUUUCAAGAAACAAAGAUUAA